AUGGACAAAGGUCUUCACUUCAUGUUCUGUGUGAUUACAACCAUGCUGCUCCUGAGAGAAUCAAGCCAGACAGGAACUGCAAGGAAUGAUGAUGCUGUGGGUAAGGGCGCUGACUCAAGGGGACGAGAAGAGGGUCUUCCAACUUUGACUGUCACAACAAUCCUGGAAGAUCCUUAUGUCAUGGUGAGAAGUGCAGAACUGGAGGGAUACUGCAUUGAUUUGCUGAAAGCACUGGCUGCGAUGCUUCACUUCAGCUACAAGGUGAAGGUGGUAGGAGAUGGGCAGUACGGUGCCGUCUCUUCCAAUGGGAACUGGACAGGGAUGAUUGGCGAGAUUUUGAGACAGGAAGCAGACAUUGCAGUGGCUCCAUUGACAGUCACGUCAGCAAGGGAAGAGGUGGUCUCCUUCACCACACCGUUCCUGCAGACUGGGAUUGGAAUCUUGCUUCGAAAAGACACUGUCUCUCAGGAGAUGUCUUUCUUCCACUUCCUGGCUCCUUUCAGUAAGGAGACCUGGACUGGCCUUUUAUUUGCUUAUGUGCUGACGUGCUUCUGCCUCUUUCUUGUUGCCAGACUGAGCCCCUGUGAAUGGAAUGAGCCAAAGAACGAAGAGAACCACUUUACCUUCUUAAAUAGCCUCUGGUUUGGAGCAGGAGCGCUUGCCCUGCAAGGUGUCACCCCCCGGCCCAAAGCGCUCUCUGUGCGGGUCAUCGCUGCCGUCUGGUGGCUGUUCACCAUCGCCUUGCUGGCUGCCUACAUCGCCAACUUCACCGCGCUGCUGAGCUCUGGCAGCGAGCAGCUCCCAAUCCAGACUUUUGAAGAUCUUGUGAAGCAAAGAAAGCUUGAGUUUGGGACACUGGAUGGCUCCUCUACUUUCUACUUCUUCAAGAACUCCAAGAAUCCUAUCCAUCAGAUGAUAUAUGAAUAUAUGGACAAGAGACGAGACCACGUUUUAGUCAAAACUUACCAGGAAGCAGUUCAACGUGUGAUGGAAUCAAACUACGCCUUCAUCGGUGAAUCAAUCUCUCAAGACCUUGCAGCUGCCAGGCACUGCAAUUUGAUCAGGGCUCCUGAAGUUAUCGGAGCCAGAGGAUUUGGCAUUGCCACUACCCAAGCAUCCCUGUGGACUAAGAAGCUCUCCAUUGCUGUCCUCAAGCUGCGUGAAUCAGGUGAUCUUGACUACUUGCGAAACAAGUGGUGGGAGACCAGUUGCCUUCACAAGAGUAGAGACAGAUGGAGUCCGCUGCAGCCCCAGGCUCUGGGUGGGCUCUUCCUUACUCUUGCAAUUGGCCUUGCACUGGGAGUGAUUGCAGCUGUGGUGGAGCUGUCAAAUAAGAGCAGACAUGCUGCUGGACAUGUAAAGAAAUCUUGUUGCUCCGUUUUCACAGAAGAAAUGUGCACUCGUCUACGUAUAAAGGAAAACACAAGACAAAGCCAGGAGACUUCAGGGAGGGCUAACGCUUAAGAAUUUUUUUG